ACUUAACGGGUUUUUGAUCGACAGAUUACGUUUCUAAGGUCAUUUCACGUCAUUUGAACCAUCUAUAAUUACUGCGCCUUCGCUUUCGUCGUCUCUUCUCUUCCCGGCGCACAUCGAUCUUCCUUGCAGCUCUGGCAACUGAGCCUAAGCCUAAGAGAUGGGAGAAGAAGCAGCCAAAGCAGGGGCUAUUGUUCCUGAGUCCGUACUGAAGAAGAGCAAGAGAAAUGAAGAAUGGGCUUUAGCAAAAAAGGAAGCACUGGACGUGCAGAAGAAGAAGAAUGCUGAGAAUCGAAAGCUCAUCUUCAAGAGGGCUGAAAAAUAUGCAGCAGAAUAUGUUGAACAGGAGAAAGAGAUAAUCAGAUUGAAGCGAGAGGCCAAGCUGAAAGGAGGUUUCUAUGUUAAUCCAGAGGCCAAGUUGUUGUUCAUUAUUCGUAUUCGUGGUAUCAACGCAAUGCACCCCAAAACAAGAACGAUUUUGCAACUUCUCCGAUUGAGACAGAUAUUCAACGGUGUAUUUCUCGAAGUGAACAAAGCAACCAUGAAUAUGUUGCACAGGGUUGAGCCUUACGUGACUUAUGGGUACCCUAAUCUGAAAAGUGUGAGAGAACUGAUAUACAAGAGGGGCCAUGGAAAACUGAACAAGCAGCGAAUUGCUUUGACUGAUAAUUCAGUUGUUGAACAGGCACUAGGCAAGUAUGGGAUAAUCUGCAUGGAAGAUCUGAUCCAUGAGAUCAUGGCAGUGGGACCCCAUUUCAAGCAAGCCAACAAUUUCUUAUGGCCGUUUAAGCUCAGUGCUCCAUCGGGUGGUUUGAAGAAGAAGAGAAACCAUUAUGUGGAAGGUGGAGAUGCUGGGAAUCGGGAGGAUUGCAUCAAUGAGCUCAUUAGGAGGAUGAACUAGACGAUUGAUCUUUUCAGAAUUUUGGAUAGAGUUCACAUGUUGGAGAUGGCACGAAUCAGGAGGAUUACUUCAAUGAGCUCAUUAAGAGGAUUUACUUGUACUUUUUUUUUUUUUAUGUUAUUCUUUUUUGUGUGGCAAUUUUUUGGUACUUAUUUUUAUUUUUUGAGACUCACCAUGAAGCAAUGCUCAAUGCAAAAACUUCAGUAUUAAAAGAAAGAUUGCGGAUGAUAGGCAAAUUCCACAAAA